AUGGUAAGAACGUGCUCCAAUUGCGGAAGCGCGGAAAUCGACGAAGAUGCGGCUAGAGGAGAUGCCACAUGCACAGUCUGUGGAACAGUUCUUGAAGAAUCCAUUGUUGUUACUGAAAAUCAGUUUCAAGAACGAGCUGGUGGCUCCGGACACACUUUAGUUGGACAAUUCGUUUCGGCCGAACGUGCUGCAGCUAACAACUUUAAUGGAAUGGGAUCGCAAGAAUCAAGAGAAAUGACAUAUGCGAAAGGAAGAAAAGUGAUAGAUGAGUUGGGAAGUCAGCUUCGUAUCAAUGCACAUUGUAUGAACACUGCAUUCAAUUUCUUCAAAAUGUGUGUUUCCCGAAAUUUAACACGAGGAAGAAACCGAUCAUCUGUCGUUGCUGUUUGUCUGUACAUAACUUGUCGUCUCGAAAAUACUGCACAUUUAUUGCUAGAUUUCAGUGAUGUUACACAGAUUAACGUGUUCGAUUUAGGAAGAAAUCUUAAUUUCAUUGCACGUUCUCUUCGUAUCAAUCUUCCAGCAACCGAUCCAUGUCUUUAUAUCAUUCGAUUCGCAUGUGUUCUGGAUUUUGGAGAUAAGCAAAAAGACAUUGUUACUCUUGCAACUCGUCUUGUUCAAAGAAUGAAAAGAGAUUGGAUGUCGACCGGAAGACGGCCAACUGGAAUUUGUGGAGCUGCACUUCUUAUUGCUGCCAGAUCAAUGAACUUCAAUCGAUCAAUCAAUGAUAUUGUACGUGUUGUGCAUAUCAGUGAAAGUGUCAUAAGAAAACGACUUGAUGAGUUCAGUCAAACACCAUCUGGAAGUUUAACGAUAGAUGAAUUUUCUACUGUUGAUUUGGAACAUAGCGAAGACCCACCAGCUUAUCGAGAAGCAAGACGUAGAGCUCGUGAGGAACAGUUGAGAAAAGAAGCAGAACAGGCUGAAUCAAUGAAAGAUCAAUUAGGAGAAAUGGAAGCUCACGUGGAAGCAGCGCUGGACAAAAAGAGAAAAGAGAAGUUCUCAAAAAGUCCAUAUGCGAAAUUGAUCAGUGAAGGUUUAGGUUUGGAAAAAGGUGCAGACGAAAUGGUGCGCAACGAGAUUCUCAAUUCUGUAUUUGAUGCAGUGGACGAAGAGCCAUGUUCCUCCAAUUCUCUGGAAAAGUACGAUAAAUAUCGUCCAUCUUUGGAAUCUCUCGGGAUCAAACCAUCUCAAGUUUCACAAGAAUUGCCAAGAAUAUCCAGUGUACCAGUUGGUGAUAUCGAUGAAGAAAUCUCUGAUUCAGAAAUAGAUUCAUAUAUUCUAACGGAAAGUGAGGUGGCAAUCAAAACAGAUUAUUGGAUGAAAGCAAAUGGAGACGUGAUGAAAGCUAUCGAGGAGAGAAGAAGAGAGCGUGAAGUGAAUGGAGAUGUUAAAAAGAAACGAAAGAGUACACGAAAAACGGAGACAGUUUGUACUUCCGCAGCGAGUGCUGUUGAGAAAGUGAUUGCGGAGAAGAAGUUGUCGAAUAAAGUCAACUAUGAGAUGUUGAAAGAUUUGGAGACACUGGGAGUGAAAAAGCAAUAUAAUGAAGACACCGCUGUACCGAUUCAUCAAAUGAUCAAAGUUGAAUCAUUGGCUGUCACUCCAGAAAAUAUGACAAAAAGUGAGAGAAUGGCCCGUGUCAAAAAUCUGAGAACCGCAUCGGGAGGGUCUGCAAUUGAAAGACUACGUAAUGCAUUCAAUCUGAAAGAAGAAGUUCUUGAUGUGGUUAAAACUCCUACGAAAACCCCUGCACAACCACUCAUUCUAAAGAAAGAAGUUACCGAUUCUCCAGCUGUUUCUUCCAACUCCGAAGUUACUGUUGUAGCCGAGAAGCCAUCAGCAGUCCCGCCAGCCAAAUCAAGAUAUUCAAAAAUGAAACCAAUUAUUGGAGCAAAGAAACUCGCUUCGCUAGCUGAUGUUAAGAAUGUCCCACAACUCACUGAAACCUCAAAACCGAUCGAAGCUCCUCCUCCAACUGAAACACAAGCUCCUGUCGAUUCGGUUCCGUCGAAACCAACUAUCAAAACUGAAGUUAAAAACCCAACAAAGGUUGUAAGCUCAACGCCUGAGGUCAGCAAAGAACCAGUGGUUAUCAAUACUAAAACUGAAAGUUCUCAUGUUGAACCACAACCAUCCACAUCGUCUGAGCCAGCUGUUGAAACGAAACCAGCUGUGACUGUCAAAUCGAGAUAUGCAAAGGCAAAGCCUAAUGUCAAGUUGACAAAGCCAAAGACUGCUGCUACUGAAGCUGUGAAAGAGACCGCGUCUGGAGAACCAACCGCCAAGCGAGCCAAGAGUUGA